AUGCUUAUGUCUAAGCUGUUGAUUGGUGAGAAUUACCAUGCUUGGGUUCAUUCAAUGAAGAAAGCAUUAGUUGCCAAGAAUAAGUUUGGCUUUGUCAAUGGUAGCAUUACUCUCUCUUCACCACUGAUAAAGACUCUAGCAGCAGUUGACACUUGGAUUCGCUAUGACAACAUGGUAGGUUCUUGGUUGAUGAAGGCUGUGUCACCUCAGAUUCGAGUGAGUAUUACCUACAGAGACACUGCUCUGGAAAUCUGGAAUGAUCUCCGAGAUACACAUUCUCAAGGGAAUGGACCUAGGGUUUUCCAGCUUCAAAAAAGACAGUUUCAAUGUGUCAAGAAGCUUGAAGAUCUUCGUCUUCAAGAAUCAGUGAUGCAAUUUCUGAUGGGGCUCAACGAGUCAUACUCUCAAAUCAAAGGGUAG